AUGAACCUGGACUCCUUGUCUUUUGCCUUGUCACAAAUAACCUAUUUGGUCGCAAAUUUAACCAAGAAGAAUUUCAAAUCAAGCUCACAAGAAUUAUCACAGUUGGUGGGUCUGUAUGGCGUGGAGGCGGACCGACAUCUGCUGCGCUGCCUGCUGUCUCAUGUUGAUUUGAGCGUAGACGGCAGCAAAAGCAAUAACAGUCUCCUAUUGGAGCUGCUCGGCCAGGAGUGCAGUUCUCUGCUCACCAAACCGUCGCUUGUCUCCAAUAUUUGUUACGCCAUCGACAACCCACUUCAUCAUCAAAAGACUCUAAAACCAACACCUCAGCUUUUCACACAGCUGAGUAAAGUUUUGAAGCUCAACCCAGUGCAAGAAGUUGUGUUUGGGUUAGCUCUAACUCAUUCAUCUAACACAGAUACUGAGAAUUUUGCUACCCAGUUUGUGAAACAGAAACUUCCAGAACUCAUAAGAUCUUACAUUGACAUUGACUCAAGCAGAGGUCACCAGGAAGGAGGCUUGCAUGAUUCUACUCCUGAAGUUUUGCAUUUGAUUCUCAGCAGUGUGUUUUGUGAUUCUGCCAACCAAUUUGGUGUUACUUCCGAAACUAAAGAAUCAUUCCUCAAAAACCUCCGCCGUGACUUCCCAAGAGAGUUGGUACCUGUUGUACUGGCUCCAUUGAUCUAUCCCAACAAACCUGAUUUGCCUAUGGACAAGUUGAACCAAGACAGCUCAGUCAUGGCUAACACUAAUCAACUUGCGGAGAUGAUCAUGGAGAUGGGAUACAACUUCACCUCCUCUGUAGAAACAUGCCGCAGUGCAUUGGCUUCCCUUGGUGGGCGAGACUUGUCAGCAGCUGCUGUGGCGCGCAUCCUUUCCAUGAUGGCAAGAACGCACAAUGGUUUGGAUGAUCAGGUGUCACUUCAAAGUCUGAAGAACUCGUCAAAUUUCUGGGGAGGAGGAGGAGUGGGAGACUCGUCUGUGAAAGAUAAAGGUGGAGGGGUUAAUGAUCCCUCACAUCCCUCCACAUGGAACGUUGAAGUGUUGAUCCAAACUUUGAAAGAACUCGCUCCCGGCCUUCCUUGGAAGGAAGUUGUGACCUCUCUGGAUCAUCCUGAAUUCAUCAUCAAAGAUCGCAUUGGCCUCAAUGUCCUGUCCUCAGCUUUGCAGAUGGGUUGGCAAAGUCAAGGCUUUCAUCAGGAGCUUCCUGCUGAACUUCUUUACCGAAGACUUUGGAAGAACACUGAUGGUCAGUUUUCUUUGCUUCAGCAAAUUUUGAAGAACUCUGACAUAUUUUGCAUAGCAGACUAUCCUUUCCAUUCUGCGCCAGUCGAUGUGUUGAAGGCACCUCCUGAAAAUGACAACAAAGAUGUAGCAACAUGGCAUUGUGUGGAUUUGGUGGAAACACUAUUGCACUUAGCUGACUGUGGACUUUAUGCUCAAGUUCAAGAGCUAUUCAAAGUUCCCAUUCAGCUGUGCCCUGAUGUCCUUGUUCUAGUUUUACUGAAUAUCAGCCCCCCUGUGACCAUGCUUCGGCAAGAGCUUUUCAACACUCUGGUUCCUAUAUUCUUGGGAAACCACCCCAAUGCUGCCAUCAUCCUGCAUAAUGCAUGGCACAGUCAGAUUAUCUCCAUCAAACCUAUCAUCAUGCAUGCCAUGGCAGAGUGGUACUUGCGUGAUACAGAUCAGACUAGACUGUCUCGCAUAUUGGAUGUAGCUCAGGAUCUUAAAGCUCUCACCGUUUUGUUAAACGCCCAAUCAUUUUUGUUUGUUAUUGAUUUGGCAUGCUUGGCCUCAAGACGGGAGUAUCUUAAGUUAGAAAAAUGGUUGGCUGACAAAAUUCAUGACCAUGGCGAGCCCUUUGUAUCAGCUUGCAUCAAAUUUCUUCAAAGAAGAUGCCCUCAAAUUAUGGGUGGAGUUAUCAAGGAUGACAACAUGCCUAAAUCUGCUCAGCUUCCUCAUGAGACUUUAGCUGUCAUGUUGAAUUGUCUUCAAGGCUGCUCAGUGGGUCUAUCUCAAGAACUAACUGAAAUUAUCAUGACCAUGGUUGCUAACUGUAGUAUACUUCUAAACAAACCAAGGCAACCUCCACCUGGACCUGGUGUUCUACGGUCUCAUUCACAAACCCAUCGAACCGGCCUGGAACACUCCCUCCUCGGUGGACAAGUGUUUCCGACUUCUACGGACCCAAUGGCAUCUCUGAGCUCCACCCUUGUGGGUUUGAAUCUGAGUAGUAUGGGUCCUGGUGGGAUGGGCGGCCCUCCCACCAGUUCAGCAUUUAAUCUGCCAGGAAGCCUAGGACCUCUUGUGUCCACUCCUGGCUCCCCUUCAAGGUUGUUAGCCCCAUCUGGACCCACUGGACCCGGGCCUUCUCAGAGUCCUUUCCCCAUGCUACUAAACAACCAGCUGCAGCAUGUUGGGGGCCCGGUUGGCUCUCAGGUCCAAGGAGGGGCUGGAACGUCGCUGGUCGGAGGCAUGGGCAUUCCACAUUUGGGUCCCCAGCCAGUGGAUAAAACGCGGCUAGGGGAAAUUUCACAGAUGUUCCCUGAGAUGUCACCCAAUGUUCCGAAGGAAAUUGAAGAUGAGGCUAACAGCUACUUUCAAAGGAUUUAUAAUCAUCCGCCUCACCCUACUCUGUCUAUUGAUGAAGUUCUUGAAAUGCUUAAGAAGUUUAAAGACUCCUCUAGCAAGCGUGAAAAGGAAGUGUAUUAUUGCAUGAUCCGUAACUUGUUUGAGGAGUAUAGAUUCUUCCCUCAGUAUCCUGACAAGGAACUACAUAUUACUGCUCAACUUUUUGGUGGUAUUGUUGAUAGAGAGCUUUGCCCGAAUUACCUGGCAAUGGGAUUGGCACUUCGCUCAGUUCUAGAAGCUUUGCGGAAGCCCCAUGGUAGCAAAAUGUACUACUUUGGAAUUGCUGCCCUCGAUAGAUUCCGUGGGAAAUUAAAGGAUUAUCAGAGGUAUUGUGAGCAUGUGUCAGCAAUACAACACUUCAGGGACUUUCCACCCCAUCUUAUUGAGUAUGUCGAGUUUGGCAAGAAUGCUAUGGAACCACCUCAUCAACCAACUGGCCAUGUGCUGCCAGCAUCAUUGGCUGCCCUUGUAACACCCAGCCAAACGCCCGCCUCGACCGUUAUUUCGGCCAUUCCUUCCACAACAAAGGCAACUUCGUCGACUGGUACCAUGCCCAGUCGUCCAUCUAUUGCAAAUGCCACAAAUAUUGACACUUUGUUGGUAGCAACGGAGAAGGAGGACAAAAUUACAGCCCCUCCAGAAGCUCUUCAAGACAAAGUUGCUUUUGUGUUCAACAACCUGAGUCAGUUAAACCUUCAAACUAAGUGUGAUGAGAUCCGGGACCUGGUGACUGAAGAAUAUUGGCCAUGGAUUGCACAGUAUCUUGUGAUGAAGCGAGCUAGCAUUGAACUGAAUUUCCAUGCCUUGUAUUCCAAUUUCCUUGACACACUGAAAAUUAAUCAGGUUUACUUGUUGGUCUUGAGGGAAACAUUCCGGAAUAUUCGUGUCCUUCUCCGAAGUGACAAAGGAAUUGCGAAUUUCUCUGAUCGUUCUUUAUUGAAAAACUUGGGCCAUUGGUUGGGCAUGCUUACUUUGGGCCGAAGUAAACCAAUAUUACACAAUGACAUUGACAUCAAAUCUCUCUUGGCUGAAGCCUACAACAAAGGCCAGCAAGAACUUCUUUAUGUUGUGCCCUUUGUAGCCAAAGUUCUUGAGGCUUGUGCCAAAAGCAAGGCAUUUAAACCACCGUGCCCAUGGACUAUGGCUAUCAUGAAUGUACUUGCAGAACUUCACCAAGAGCCAGAGCUGAAACUUAAUCUCAAAUUCGAAAUUGAAGUUCUGUGUAAAAACCUAAGCAUUGAUGUAACAGACCUGAAGCCCAGCCACUACCUGAAGGAUCCUGCCAACAUUGAGACCAUGGAGUACCAGCUUUCUCAACCCAAAAAGAAGGAUCACCCUGGUGCUGCGUCAGUACCUUCGACUCCUCAGACUCCCGGCCCUGGCCCUCACGCUGUGACUAAUGAGGAUGCGGGUGGGUCCCGCACUGUUUCCGCAGCCCCGGCGUCUUUGACUCCGAUGUCCAACGCUUCCUCUGCGGCCGCUGCUUCUGCCGCCGCUGCUUCGCACGCCGCCGCCAACCACGCCGCUGCAGCCGUGGCCGCUGCCGCCGCUGCCGCUGCGGGCGCAGGCCUCGGCGGCGUGGGCUCGAUGAUGGUCUCGGCCCCGGUGCCGCAGUCCUGCACCUCGCCACCCCCAGGCUUGCCUGCUGGCCCUCCAGAACCGCGAUUCUCCUACUCCGAAAUCAAUGUUUCUGGCAUUACGCACAUUGGCAGGCACAUCACUGUCAACAACAAUCUAGCCCUGUUCCAAGCCAAUCCUCAACUGAAGCAGCUCGUGAGGCCAGCUGUGGAACGAGCUGUGCAAGAAUGGAUUGUACCGGUGGUGGAGCGAUCAGUGAAGAUUGCCUUGACAACUUCUGAGCAGAUCGUGAAGAAGGAUUUCGCAUUGGAUCCAGAGGAAUCCCGCAUGCGCAUUGCCGCCCACCACAUGGUGCGGAACCUGACUGCAGGUAUGGCCAUGAUCACAUGCCGCGACCAAUUGCUGCUAUCCAUCGGCUCAAACCUCAAGAGCGCUUUCAGUGCCCAAAUGAUGGGUGCCACUCAGCAGCAGAAGGAUUUGUGUGAACAAGCUGCCACCAUCACAGCUCAAGAUAAUAUGGAAGUGGCCUGUGCUUUCAUUCAAAAGACAGCCAUUGAAAAGGCCAUUCCGGAAAUUGACAAGCAUCUUAUGGCAGAAUAUGAACGCAGGAAGCAUGCUCGCACUGAGGGCCGGCGCUACUGUGACCCUGUUGCUCUCACGUAUCAGGCUCAAAGUAUGCCUGAACAGAUCCGCCUUAAAGUUGGUGGAAUAACCCAGCAGCAAAUGAGCGUCUAUGAGGAGUUUGCCCGUAAUAUUCCUGGCUUUGUGCCUAUGACGGAAAGGGAGGCUGCCCUGUUUGUGCCGAAGCCUUUCCCCAAUGCCUUGGCCACAGCAGUUCCUUUCCAGAACGCUGCCCCCACCCCAGUGACUUCUGUGACCUCAGUAACAUACAGUGAUGAGAGCAGCGCCAUAUACGACAAGCUUGUGUCUGAGCUGGAGCACAACAUGCAGAACAUGAUGAGCACUGCCUCAGGACCAGCCCAGUUGGCCAACUUGCACAACUUGCUUGAGACCUUGAUGAUUGCUCGCCGGUCUCCCAGGGAUGCACUUGCAGCUAUGACUCUCCUACAGAAGACCGUCGAAAGUUUAUUGGAAGGAAUGAGCCAAAUAUCUCAGAUGCUCAAUGACCCUGAAACCAUGACCAGAUUCAGGGACACUCACUUGCGCAUUCUGAAGGGCCUUCAAGACCAGCGCAUGUACGGAGUCCAGUGGACCAACAAGCAGGUGACCCGGUGCCUGAUCGAGUGUCGGGGCGAGCUGCGCUACAACCCCGACGCCAUCGACUGCUUGGUGCGGUCGGGUCUCGUCAACAUGCAGCAGUACGACCUUCACCUCGCAACAGCAAUGGACAAUGGACUCAACUUCCCAGUGGUUGCCUUCGCCAUGCACCUUGUCCAAAUGUACCUCAUCGAUGAGCGUCUCAACACCAACGUGACCGAAACUGACCUUGGGAACACUAUUGAGAUGUUGGCUAGGAUCGCCCAGCACUCUCGCUCCCCUCCAGAGGGCCUUAAUGCUCUCAUUGAACUGCUUCGCGCCAAUCACGACCCCAACUUGAUUGUGGAUAGGGCUCCGGGGGGACCCACUGCUCACAUCCAUUCUGGAAUUCUUCAAGUAACAUCACGUGACUUUGAUGAUCUUGGCUAUGUCGAGAAGACUGAUUUCCUGUUACGUGAAUGGGUAACCUUGAUCCAUUCACCGUCUGGCAUCAGAGAGCCUACAAAAGCCUUUGGUACUUUUGUGCAGCAUCUGAACAUGCAUGGUUUCCUAAAGACCGAUGAUGUCAUAACCAGAUUCUUCCGCAUAAGCACAAGGCUUUGUGUAGACAUGUGCUGCCAGGCACUAACAGAGCAGUCCAAUUCUCCUACUGUUGUACGAACAAAAUGCUACCAGACACUGGAUGCAUAUGUGAAGCUGAUAGCAUUGCUGGUGAAACAUUCUGGUGAUACAGCCAAUUCGGGAACUAAGAUAAAUCUUUUGAACAAAGUUCUUGGUAUUGUGGCAGGUGUGCUUCUGCACGACCAAGAUGCCCAUACUCUUGAAUUCCAGCAGCUUCCCUAUCAACGAAUGUUCAUUAUGCUGUUCUUGGAACUUAAUGCCCCAGAACCUAUACUGGAGACUAUUAACUUCCAAGUUUUGACAGCAUUCUGCCACACACUUCAUAUCCUGAGUCCUUCUAAGGCUCCUGGAUUCUCCUAUGCGUGGUUGGAAAUUGUCUCCCACCGUGUGUUCUUGGGAAGAAUGUUAGCUCUCACUCCUCAGCAGAAAGGAUGGGGCAUGUACUCCCAACUGCUGAUGGACCUCUUCAAAUUUUUGGCGCCAUUCUUGAGAAAUGCUGAACUGGCUAAACCAGUCACCCUGUUGUACAAGGGCACUUUGAGGCUCCUUCUUGUUUUGUUGCAUGAUUUCCCUGAAUUUUUAUGUGAUUAUCAUUAUGGAUUCUGUGAUGUCAUUCCUCCUAAUUGCAUACAGAUGCGCAAUUUGAUCUUAUCAGCUUUUCCUAGAAACAUGCGCCUGCCAGAUCCAUUUACACCUAAUUUGAAAGUGGACAUGCUGCCGGAAAUAGCACAUGCUCCCAGAGUCCUAACUAACUUCUCAUCUAUGAUCCAACCCCCAAAUUUCAAAAAGGAUCUGGACUCAUAUCUGAAAGCUCGAGCGCCUGUGACUUUCCUCUCUGAGCUUCGAGGAAAUGUUCAAAUUUCAAACGAGCCUGGAAUGGCCUACAACAUUCCUCUGAUGAAUGCAUUGGUUCUGUAUGUAGGCACUCAGGCUAUCAAUUACAUUCGCAGCAAGAGUCAUACCCCCAACAUGACAACCAUUGCUCAUUCAGCUCAUAUGGAUAUCUUCCAAAAUCUUGCUGUGGAUCUUGAUACCGAAGGUCGUUACCUUUUCCUGAAUGCUAUUGCCAACCAGCUUCGCUAUCCCAACAGCCACACUCACUACUUCAGUUGCACUUUGUUGUACCUAUUUGCUGAAGCUAAUUCUGAGGCCAUUCAGGAACAAAUUACUCGGGUUCUCCUGGAGCGUCUGAUAGUGAAUCGGCCACAUCCGUGGGGCCUUCUUAUUACAUUCAUUGAACUGAUCAAGAAUCCUACGUACAAGUUUUGGUUGCAUGAAUUCGUUCAUUGUGCUCCUGAAAUUGAGAAGCUCUUUGAGUCGGUUGCUCGAUCCUGCAUGGUCCAGAAACAGGUCCAGCCAGUUCAAGAAAAUGAAGUCCAGGAUUAACAAUAUCUACUAUUUCAUUGAUAAUUUUCAUUUUGUUUUUUAAUUGUUUUAUUUCCCACAUGAGGGUUAAUCUGUAAGUGCAUGCUUAACAUCUGUUCUCUUGGGAUCUCUGAAUGGAAGUUGAUUGUGAUAUGUCCUCAGUACACUUAAUUGAUUUGCUACGUGAUUGUAUAGUUAGCCUUAUGAUAUAAGAACAUCAUUGUCAGUCCAAAGUGAUAUACCUCUCUUCAGAGCCGCAACACAGUCAUUGCCACUAUUAUCUAUGCCAGUAGGCCCUUUUGGUAACUGAAUCAACGGAUCUAUUGGCCUACAUAAUUGACAACCUGUUUACUUUUCAAUUCCUGGUCAUGACUGUAUUGGUCAGCUCUGAAUGUAUUAUUUGAUUUGAAUGGAUUAUGAAUGCCUACUUUGUUUCUACUGAAGCUUUUACUUAAACAUGUGUGAUACUUGUAGCAUGCAUUAAACUGUGCUUUAAAUUUAUGUUUUUAAGAUGGUGAGGGAGAGAGAGAAGACAAUGACAAGUUACAAAAUGUGCCGAAUAUUCGCCAAAGUUUGGCUGUUGUCACUAUUGCAUGAGACUUUCAUAACUGCUGCUGCUGUGCAGCAUCACUUGUGUCCUGUGAGAUCAUUUCCCGUAGAUUUAUAAGAUGAUUAUUAUAAUUAUAUAACUAUUAUUAUUAUUAUUAUGAAUAUUAUUGUCAUUGUUUGUCCCAAGUUUUACGUUGGAAUGCCCAGUUUGUAUAUAUCUUUCUUAAACUUUCUCUGAGGACUUCCUUUGGUGCAUGUAUUAAUUGUAAUGGUCUCUACAUUCUAUUGUAUAAUGUAUAUAUAAUGUAUACAUGUAUGUAUAUGGAGACAUCCAAAUGACUCAUUGUUUUGUAAUGUAAUUGUUUUGUCAGUAAAUGUGGUCUUGCAACAUA